UAAUAGUGCUGCCUGCUUUCGUAGGGAAUAUUACCUGUCAGCUUUAGUUAUAUAUAUAUACUUUGCUAUUCAAAAUAUGUCACUAAGCAGCUUGAAAGCUCUAGAAAGACAGGCGAGUUCUCGAACGGCGGUCAACUUAGAUGGAAGCGAGACGGUUAUGCUGACUUUAGGUCAGUUAGCUAAAAAAUCUAGUGAUUUUAAUCAAAAUCUGCUUUUAAAGCAUAACGACACAAAUGAUAGUCAAGCUAAAAAGAUACUGGCUUUAAGUACUUAUGACUUCGCGGACCAAAUGCAACUUUUAAAGGAAAUAAAUCGAUCAUCUACUCUUGAUUCACGCUCAAGUUUCGGCAAAAGCGAUGCUUGUGGAUUUUUAGAAAAUGAGCAUGAGUUAAUAAUAUCCGCUUUAAUUGAAGAGGCGGAAGAGAAUACCUCCGCGUCAUUUUAUAAGAGCUACUGGAAAAACAUGUUUGCGGAAUGGGAUAAAAUAAAAAAGAGCAUCCGAUAUUCACACAUGUUACCUCCGAGAUCAUCAGCUUACUCCUCCGUAGACUCUUUAAAUUACGAAAAUAAAACGAGUCGGAAGAAUUUUCAGGAUACAAAAAGCCGCUAUGCGAACAUUGUUUCGAAUUAUAUUCUGCAGCUUAACCAUGAAGAUAGCACAUGUCUUUUCACCAAACUUUGCAAAGAAAAUAUAAAAGAUCCCUUCAUUGUUAGUAAAUGCUGGACUUUUCUGCAUACUUUUGCCCUCAAGAGCCGAUCCGAACACACGAGGGACCCCUUCACCUGGGCUGUUCUCUCGAAGCAAACUCUAGAAAGUUUAUUUACUGCUCCUCUUGAAGAUCUUCUUCACAAACUUCGGGACCCCGCUGAGCGGAAGUGGGUGCAGGCUUAUUAUUUGCUCCGAAGUGGCACGUGGCGGGCCACACCUCAACCCUUUUCCCACGUGGGAGAAUUUUCCACAUUGUUUAGUCGCUAUAUGGAAGAAGAAGAGCAGCGCGACUCGCGCACUAGCAACGAACCUACCCUCCUCCACUUCAGCAGAACUUUCCAAGGCUACAAAAGGGCGGUGCUCGCUGUGCUAACGCGGGAUCCCUCCUUCCAGAAUUCACAUAUACUUCAGUCAGUAGAGGACGUUGUCUGGAUGCGACUAAACGCGGUACAGCCCCCCUCGCAGCGCGCUAUUUACACUCUCGAGAGGCUGCAGGAAAAUGUUGCAAGAGAAGACGCCUUUUGGCAACACGAGGCGCCGUCGCUCCUGGACAAUCGCUCCUUCGAGAAAUGGUCUACACUGGACAAAUUCUACGUGCAGCUUCUAUGCUGCGACUUUGCUCGGGGCAUUCGUGAGCUUUCGAAGGACCACACCCACGAAGUCGAGGCUGUCCACUUUUCCAUCGCCAUGCUGACCAGCGCCCUUCUUCAGACACAGCAGCCCGCAUCUACAUUGGGUGACUGCCUGCUAUCCAAGUCUGAAGUGCAAGAGAUGGUUUCCGCGUACGCGAGACACUUUCUUAAGGACGGGGGCGAUUUUCCACAGCAAUGCAUGACAGCUCUGUUCUAUCUGGCUAUUCCCGGUUUGGACAUAUUUGAAGACCAAGUACGACAAGUGGCGACGGACUUCCACGACAGACCGCAGGCACUAAAAACUCUUCUAGGCCACCGCGAAUACUAUCGACUCCACCCCGGUUUGAUAUUGAACCCGAAUCUUGCGAUCACCUUCAACGUGCCGUCGCUUUUGGAGUCGAUAGCUCACGAGUUUAGAGGAAAGAAAAUCAAUAACCCAGUGGCCGCCGUUAUGUUGUUUGAUCUGGCCGCUCGUUACUUCGAAGAAAAGUUUCAAAGCCGUCCGAAGGCCAAAGCGUGCGAGAAUGCUGUGUGCGAAAUAUUCAUUGAACAGUUUAAGGAACUCAUGUUGCAGGACGCAGUUCUCGAAGGCGAGGAUCUCAUCCGUCUUGCCAGGGAAUACCGUGACGAGUACCAGACUAAAGCUCUUGCAAACUUCACGGGCUUCCGGCACGUCUUUACUAUUUUCACUGACAUCUACUAUCCUUUCAAACGUGCUCAUUCAGAGAACUUUUUGGCGUCCGUGGCUCCGCGAAUUCUGCAGGCUAUCAAGCAGCUGAACGUUCUUUCUUUUGACGAACAGGACCGCUAUGAAAAAGCAGCUGCUCUUUCCAAUAUAAACACUGAACUUUUAGAAGUGUACUUACGAGUACUACCGAAAAUAGCCCUGGAAACGCUGCUUUCGGCGCGCUAUGUCGGAAGAGCCACCAGGAUCAAGGAAGCGGAAUGUUUGAUCCUUUUUGUUCAGCAAUGCUGUGUCGAUCUUCGCAUGGACAUCAACUUCAGCGAACUUUUUUCUCUUCAACGAAAAAUUAACUUUGAAUAA